GUGCUCAUUGAACACUUAGCUUUGCAUCCCUCUAAUGCACUUACCUUGCGUUUCUGUGCUUUGUGGCUAUUUGCGUCCAGUCUCCCUGAUAGACGGUGAGCUUCAUGAAGCCGAGACCUUAUCAUAUCUACAUUUUAUCUUAUUUCCCCCAGCACUAGAUCCCGAGCUUUGCGCACGCACUCACCCAGGUACCUCACGGACAGCGGGCAGCGCCCACCCAAGCCCAAACCCUGCAGGUACCGUGAUCCCUGACUCCUUCGACGGGUGACCCCGAGGACGACUGCUAGCUGAGAGGGAACUGGACUCUGAGGCUAUUGGAGUCCCCUUGUACCGCAUGACUUCGGUCUUCCCACUCUCGGCUUUGCUGGAGAGACUUCCUGAGGGCUUCUGGAGCUGUCCUCAGUCUUCGUAUCCCCGUUGCCCUAUCCCCAAACUCAAAGAAUCUGGAUCCUAACCGUGGUAGAGUUGCUCAUGAUUAGUGACCUCAGCUCUGUCCACUAAGACCGAGGCCAAGCCUCACCUCCCUGAGCUCUGGCAUUCUUCCCCUCUCUGCCCAGCACCAGAAUCUGCAGCUGCUGAACCAAUGGGGCUGGAUAUGAAGCGCUGGGUGGUCCCCAUUACACUGGUCCUGACUGUCUGCACAGCUAUUACUCUGGUGCUGACCCUCCUGGCCACUAACACCACCCUUCCCCCAGGAACCAAGUUCGGUCUCGUGUUUGAUGCUGGCUCUUCGCACACAUCCCUCUUCGUGUACCAGUGGCCUGGGGACAAGGAGAAUGACACAGGCGUGGUCAGCCAGACCAUGGCUUGUGAUGUGCAGGGCGAUGGCAUCUCCAGCUAUGCUCGCAACCCUGAAGCUGCGGGAAGGUCCCUGCGGCCAUGUUUAGAUGAAGCAGUGAAGCUGAUCCCAGCCCCACAAUUGGCUCAGACACCCGUGUACUUGGGCGCGACAGCGGGGAUGAGAAUCCUCAGCCUGCAGGACCCAAAAGCUGCUGAUGGGGUCUUGGCUGAGGUGGGCAAGACCAUCCAGGAGUACCCCAUGGAUUUCCGAGGGGCUCGGAUCAUCUCUGGUGCUGAGGAGGGAGCCUAUGGUUGGAUCACCAUCAAUUACCUCUUAGAUACAUUCACCAAGUAUUCAGUCAAGAAUGGAGGCUGGAUCCGCCCUCCAGCAAGCACGGUGCUUGGGGCCCUGGACCUGGGAGGGGCUUCAACCCAGAUCAGCUUCCUCCCCAGUGGAUCCAUUGCAGACCCAGCCACUGCCUCCCAUUUCCGUCUGUAUGGCUUCAACUACACCAUCUAUACACACAGCUACCUGUGCUAUGGGCAGGCCCAGGCGCAGAAGCAGGUGAUCCAGAAGUUGAGCCAGGAGUCCCAGGCUACCCCUGGCCAGGUCGAGCAUCCCUGUUACCACAAGGGCUUUAAGAAUAAAGUGAUGGCCCGGUCUAUCUAUGACAGCCCCUGCACGGCCCACCUGCAGCCACGAGGUUUCAACUUGAACCAAGAGAUGGCGCUGGUGGGCACAGGCAACGUCACCAAGUGCCAGCAAGCCAUCAGAGCCAUCUUCAAUUUUACCGCCUGUGGCCUCCAUCAUCCCUGCGCAUUCAAUGGCACCUACCAGCCUGACGCCAGUGGCCAGUUCUUUGCUUUCUCUGCCUUCUUCUAUACCUUCAACUUCCUCAACAUUACCUCGGGCCAGUCUCUGUUGGAGGUCAUGGACACCAUUAAGCAGUACUGCAGCCGGAGUUGGACAAAUGUGACUGAAAGUUACCCCAAACACAACUUGCACUGGCUUCAAGAUUACUGUGCUAAUGCCAACUAUAUCCUGGUACUCCUCCUGGAAGGCUACAAGUUCUCUGACAAGAGCUGGACCUCCAUCAGGUUCCAACAGAAAGCUUCAGGGACAGACAUCGGCUGGACCCUUGGAUACAUGCUGAACCUAACCAACAUCGUUCCUGUUGAGGCUCCAGUUCAUGUUCGUACCCAGAAGGAGGGACCCUGGGUCACCUCCAUCAUCUUCCUUGUACUUACUCUGGUUACAGCCCUGGUGCUGCUGCUGGCAUACUUCUUCUGAGGGGAGUCUUCUUGUCUUGGGGGGAGGCCCAACCCCAGGGCCUUUCCUGUCCCUCUCUUCCUGCCUCUGGCUCAAGGAAGGGUCAUUUUCAGCCCCUGACCCUGGAGGCCAAGGUAGCUGCUGGAUAUGGGCAAGGAGGUGAUCCAUGACUGCUCCAUGUUUCUUAUCACCUUACUCCCCAUGUGUCUCACACCCUCUCUGUCUCACAUGCCCUGAGUCUCUCUGCGUCCCUGUGUGUACCAUAUUCCACCCUACAUAUUGUUAUCUAGUCACACCUCAUUUUUCCCAUCAUUGUCAAUCUGCUUCAUUCCCAAAGGUCCCCCCUCACCAUCCUCCCCUUCUAUUUAUUCUAUAGACCUUGGAUUAGGAGGAAAAAGGUUAGGGGCUCUCUUGCAAUCACGAGCUGGUUUUCUCUGGGGAGACAGGGAUCUUCAGGUGGUAUAUACAUGUGCAAACACAUGCAUGGACCUAGUGGCACAAUGAUGUAAAUACCUCCACCCUUAUGCACACUGAGGGCUCAGGACCCCCAUUUGGAAAUCUUAAUUAAAGUUAGGCUUAUUCCAGUC